AUGUCGACGAGGGAACAUAAUCUACUAAUGCUCAAUGCCCGCAGCGACUGGAUCGAUUGGUACAACUCUAUUGAAGAUCUCGCUAAGCGGAACGAAGUGUGGAAGUACUGCGAUCCACUGGGCAUUGAGAACCUCGUCUUCACAUCGACGAAACCAUCAGACUCAGCAAGUAAGGACACUAUCCAGAAGUUCCAAAGCUUGCAAAGCAUCUUCGACUCUGAGAAGAAGAAAUAUGACAAAGUAUCUGACCGCAUCGACUACACUGUCUGUCAAGAGUUCAAGCAACACUACCUUGGCAAACACGACGUGCGGAGCAAACUUGUCGCACUCUCAGAUAGCAUUCAGCCGAACGCGAAAGAUCAAAGGCAAGACAUUAGAACUGAGUUCGAGAAGCUUAGAAAGGGUCCAGGAAAUACAAGCCUUGACAGAUGGCUUGGUCGCUGGCCCGCACUCGUCAACAGUGCCAAAAGGUACACAAUCGAAAACCUCAGCGAGCCGCAGAUAUGUGAAGCCUUCGUUGAAGCGUGCCGAGAUAUCAACUCACCAUUCUACAACUACAUGAAGUCAAAAGACGCGCAAUCCGAAAGUCAGGCGUCUAUUAUCAACCAGACGGCAAUGGCAAUGAAGAGGAUGUCUGAUGCACUUAUCACAGCGCUGAACACAAUCAGCCCAGAACAAGCGAGCAGUGGUUCUACCAUAAUGAGCGAUUCAGGUGAUGCUGAUUCUGACGAUGCGGUCGACGAAGUCGAUGCUCCAGCGGUACAAAGAGCACAGAACACGAUUGACAAGACCCUCAGAUCCUUUCGUAGGCUGAAGCCAACACUCUCUGACAACAGGAUUACGAUAAGCUUCUGCAUCAAGCAAUUCCGGAGCAUGGCACCUCCGAGCGAGAAAACCGCCAGAGGUCGCGCAGCUCACGCUACGCUUCAGGGCAGAAAGCACGGUCGUGAUCCGAAGACGUCAGACGAGGAGGAUGGGCAGCCACGGCGGAAGCGAGAGGUGAUUGGAUCGAGUUCAGUCUCUGCGACCCAGCCGAGCUGUCUUCGAGACUGUGUUUGCGGACAAGCACACAAGUACGCCGAUUGUUGGUACCUUAACCCUGCAAAGGCUCCAGCCAGAUGGAGACCACAAGUUCAUAUACAAUCAAAAGUAAUCACGGCGAUCUCAGGAAGCCAUCGCCAGCGCGAAAGAUAG